ACCCGGGGCAACGCAGCACAAUAAGCCCCAGCGGUGCACCGAACGUGCGGAGUGUUUUCGCAGCCUGCGCGCCCGGCGGGAAUCCCUAGCGCGCGGGAGGGCGACGCGGAGCCUAGUUGCUCCUGCAGCGCAGUAAAUCCGGACCGGAGCUGGGACGAUCUGAUCUUGGUUGUCGGAUCAGGUGCCCUUCGGAGAAGCGACUUGUUCCUCGCAGACACCAGUAAGCUUUUGCUAUAAACGAAGCAACAAGAAAGAAACUUUUGAAGUUACCACCAUAAGAAGCAACCAUGCCUAUAGAAGGAGGAAAAACAGAUAUGGAGAGGAUUGGCCUCUUCAGUGAGAUGGAAUAUAUUACUGUUGGUGAUAAAUAUGUGUCACCAUUUAAUCGACCCUUUAAUGAGGCUGCAAGCAAAAAUAGACAGAUUCUACCUGGGGGAACCAAAGAAAUGUCAAAUCUCCAGGCAGGUUAUUUUGAUCCCCAAUUUGCAAGGAUUUUUGAAGGCGAAGGCUACGUAAAUCUAAAUCAAGUGAGAAGACGGCAUAUGAUGGAAGAAGCCAAAAAAAAUCUUGCCAAAGCCUUUCUCCCGAGUAGUGGAGAUAAAAAACCAUGUGGACUAGGAAGCUACUAUGGAACAAUAGGUGGUCCAGUCCCAUCCUUCAGUGCACAGGCCAAACCCAGGGAACAAUAUAUGCCACCUGGAAAGAAUUUAUACACAAACCCAGGAAAGAAAGGAACCGGAUAUGGCUAUGCAAAUAUUACCAUAGGUAAACAGUUUUCACACUCUUCUGAUUUAUAUGAUGCAGCAAGACAAAAUUUUAAGAAAGAAAAUGAAGAGCAUCAUCGGUUACUGAAGGGGGCACCUUUCAAGUUAAAUCUUUACCCAAGGGACUAUUUUGACACUAAUCCUUAUUUUACUGAAAAACCUUUACCUCCAAUUAAAAAAGAAGAGAAGAAAGAAUCACUUUUAAGUCCUUUUAAGCCCUCUUCUCCUGGUAAAAAGCCUGGUGGAAUGAAAGCAGGAACAUUUGAACCUUACCCAUCACAUUCUACUGACCCUUAUGUGCUUAAACCAGGAAAGGAGGUUUCCAAAAAAGAUGAUAAGGUUUUUCAUCCCCCAAGUGGACCAAAAAGCAGACCAAUUGAAAGUAUAAUGAGUUUGAAUGUCAAAAGGGCACUCAAUAUGAAGAACUACAAGACUGCUUCAUUACAGUCCUAUUAGCAACUGCAAGACACGUAACUUUCUAAAUCCUUACUACCAGUAACUUGUCAUCAAGAGCUAAUUAUUUGAAAAAAUGCAAAAUGCAAAGUGUGUGGAACAGAUAGCCUUGAAAAGAAAUUUAACCUCCAACUCCAAUAUUCUUCCUGAUUUUAGUACUACUACUUAAUAAAUAGUUUUUGCUAAUAAUUUAA